AUGGCCAACAGCUUCAUCGCCUAUCUUCGAGGCGACCAGAAUGCGCCAGGCGAGCGCAAGCUGGUGCAGAAGCUUGAUUUUUUCAUCCUUACUUUCUGCUGUCUCAUGUAUUUCCUCAAUUAUCUUGAUCGCACCAAUCUUAACAAUGCGUACGUUUCUGGUAUGAGGGAAGAGCUGGACUUCAAAGGCAACCAACUCAAUCAGAUCAACACCGUCUUUACUGUAGGGUAUACUAUAGGGCAAGUGCCAUGUAACAUCCUGCUGUACUACAUCAAGCCUCGUUAUUUCUUCCCUGCCUGCAUGGUAGCAUGGGCAGGCUUGACAAUGGUCACUGCAGCCGCUCAGAAACCUCAGGACAUCAUGGCAAUCCGCUUCUUCCAAGCGCUGUUCGAAUCAUCGACGUUCGUAGGAACCCAUUACAUUCUUGGUUCUUGGUACACCGAAAAAGAGCUAGGGAAACGCUCUGGAAUAUUCACCGCAUCAGGUCUUGCUGGCACUAUGAUUGGUGGUUUCAUCCAAACGGGUAUACACAGUAGCAUGGACGGCCUCCGGGGGAUGAGUGGUUGGCGAUGGCUCUUCAUCAUCGACGGACUCAUCACACUUCCUGUAGCCAUCUACGGUUUUGCCCUCUUCCCCGAUACGCCAAGAAACACACGAGCGCCUUACCUCAGUGCCUCCGAGAAAGCGCUAGCAAUCUCCCGCGUUCCUGAAGUCUCGGAGCGCACUCCAAUAUCCUUGUCCUUUUUGAAGCAUUGCUUCUCAACGUGGUAUUGGUACUUUUUCGUCAUCCUCUGGAUUCUAGCGGGAGAGACCGAAUCUUUUAGCACAAACGCUUUGUUGCAACUUUACAUGCGCUCACAUCCUACAAACACUUAUACCGUGGCUCAGAAUAACAACUAUCCUACCGGAGUACCUGCUGUCGGCAUCGUUUCGACUUUGUUUUGGGCCACACUAACGGACUUUAUGGGCGGGAAACGUUAUCUUGUCGGCUACUGGAUCGGCAUAACUGGUAUCGUAACCUCAGCCCUCAUUCUCGCCUAUCCACAAAACACCACGAUUCACUUCGCAAUGUAUUACUGGGCAGGCAGUGUUUAUGCCUGUCAAGCCACCUUCUUCGCCUGGGCAAACGACGUAUUACGCUACGAAGAAGACAGUCUGCGUGCUGUGGUCAUAGCAAGUAUGAACAUGGGAAGCAACGCCAUCAACGCCUGGUGGAGCAUUGUCUUCUACGGUGCAAAUUUCGCACCGUACUUUACCAGGGGUAUGUGGGCUAUGAUUGCCGUCAGCAUUGCCAUGGCAGCGUGGACGGCGGCGUUGGCAUGGAUGCAGGCAAGGACUGAGAGCAGGAGAAUGUUAGAAGGGGGGGUUGUGCACAAUGCUAUUAUGGGAAAGGGCGGGGAUGAAGGGACAUUUGGGACAGGGGAGGGAGAGAAAGCAUAG